AUGGAACAGAACAUAAGAUGCCCAGAGUAUGCUCAGAACAACCGGGCCAGUGACAGUAUACGGUUUUACUCAGAGGCCGAUAGGUUCCGCCCGGCAUACGGCGACUCCGAUGGCAGUGACGCCGAGUCUGAUGCCAGUGGUAUUGAUCAAUCAAGCUGGGGGUCAUAUUAUUCGUCAUUUCGGAUGGGAGGUUUCUACCGCGACCCAGCUCAACGUCGACUACCAUUCCGCCUUCCACAAGACAUGGAUCCUACCCAGGCUGUCUACGAGGGAUGGACUGUGUAUGUUCCUCAGGACGACAAUGAUUCUCACAAUGUCCGUGUCGCACCGACUAGCCACUCGCAGCAGGAGCUUGCAGAGAUGCAUCUUGCUGCGCUGGACGAGUACCAUGGCGCUCAUCGCAGCAGCACCGGGUGCCUCCCCAUACGUCGCAUCUUGAGGCGAGCCACUUGGCGGCCAAGCUAUGAUGAGCACAUUGAUAACCGCAUUUCCAAAUGCCGGAAAUCUCUUCAGGAUGAGCUCUCGUAUCUGCUUCAGGACAGAAGCCGCCAUUCCAGCUCGUCCGAGCGCGAGCGCAUAUGGACUGUGGCCAUGUUGCAGGAGCAGCUCUGUCCUCGCUUUGCAUCCACAAAGCCUACUCCAGCUAGACGGCACCGCCUCAGGUGGUGGAAGGACAACGCCCGUAGUCGCGAGACUGAAUUCUUCGUCGUCAUACUUGGCCGCGAGACGAGACACGAGCCCGGCGGUAUUCCUCUGUACGCGAGGUACACGAAUCCAUGGCGUGCCGUCGACGAUGAGCAGUCAAUGCAGGAGAAGGAGGCCCUGUCCAGAGAGCGAGGCGACUUUUUUGAUCCGGCCCAAUCCAAUAGAGGGAGUCGCCGGUCUUUCCCUCGUCCCAUCAUCAGACACCGUGAUCCGUCGCCGCCGGUACCCUCAGCACCAUUCCUCUCACAGGCCCCCCGGUUCGAUGCUUUCAGUAUUCAGCCACCUCUGGAGUCUCUUCCGCCGGGACCCUUGGAAAGCGGGCUUCAGCAAGAUACUUGGUUUCCGCCGCACCAUGCACCUUGCUCACUCCCCAACCUUCCUCCUCCCCCAGUCCCUGCUCGUCCACGCUGCUGGCAUCCUGGACCACCGCCGACAUACCGCGCAACACCCACGCCACCUGGGCCGAUGCCACAUUCCCCCACAAUGUUUGAGAAUUUUCGACCAUCGCCACCUCCCAAUCAUUUCGAGGCCUUCCUUCCUCUUCAGCUGAACCCUCCGUCUGUGUCAUGGCCGCCGUCUCCAAGCUCCUAUCGUCAUUUCUCCCCGCCUCUGUCAUCUUACGGGCCGCCUCCCCCACAGCCUAAUGCGUACUCCAACCUGACCACUCCGACGUCACUUGGCUCGAUUCACGUGCCCAUGUUUGGACCCAUUCUUUCAGUACCUCCCUUGGUACCUCGGUCACCUUCUCCUCCGUACUCGCCUCGGCCUAACGAGAACAAUGCAACGAGUGACGAAAAGAGUGAAGAUACUCCAUUUUCUAGCUCUACUGGCUCCGACGACUAUGACUUGCACCGGCAGGACGUAGGCACGGCGGGGAUGGAGCCUAAGGAGGAAGCCAAGUCUCUCGCCAAAGACAAGCCGACUGGCAUGCGUAAUAAUGAUUGA